AGUUCAAUAUUAUUCGGACAUACAUCUGUAAAAUAACUUUAAACAGAACUAUGUUCUUAAAUAAUACAAAGUAAUAUUAGUUUCUGGAAUCAAUGACAAAGUUGUUCAACCUCAUUUUAAUCCAUCUGUGCUCACAAAUAGCAAAAGUUCAAGAAAUCUGAUUGUAUAUAAAGGUACAGUAAAAUCAGAACAACAGUUCAUUCGGUAUACAAGAAUGCACUAAAGAAACAGCACACAGGGAAACUGUAAACUUCUCUUACUAACAUCAUACAAGACAAAGGACUUGAAAGAUUUCAUUAGAAGAUUUAGAAAAAUCUUUAGAUUCAAAAUGUAUCUAGCAAUUGCCAUACAACUCAGCAUUUUCUGCAUCAUCCAAGCAGCUAAUCUAGAUGAGGACAAAGCCUGUGGUGACUGUUGUGCUGCAGGGACUCAUGGAAUUCCUGGCACACACGGUGCCCCUGGUGCUCCAGGCCCAAUAGGCCUAAAAGGAGAUAUCGGAGUGAAAGGAGAAAAAGGAAACCAAGGUAUAGAUGGGAAAGAUGGGCUUGAAGGUAAAAUGGGAUCAAUUGGUCUAACAGGUGCUACAGGUGAGAAAGGUGAAAGAGGAGAGAAAGGCGAACAAGGUACCCUAAACAACCAGCCUAAAUCUGCGUUCUCGGUUGCAUUUAUGAACAAUCCUGGCCGUCAUCCAAUUGUUCCAAUGAAAUACACAACAAUAUUCACAAAUGUGGGUAGUCACUACAAUGCAGAAACAGGCAAGUUUGUCUGUCAACAUCCAGGCACCUACGUCUUCCAAUUUACAUCAGGGUCAUCUAACAAUGAAAACAUUGUAACACAAAUCAUGAAGAAUGGGCAACGUGUUGUCUCAGCAUUUGAGAGUGGUCCCGGCUACAAAUCAAUUGGAAACAUGGUUGUUCUUGAUUUAGUAGCAAAUGAUGAAGUGUGGACUCAGCCUCUAAAUACCAACUAUAACUAUUACUAUAGUAACAGUAAUACCUACUGUACAUUUUCAGGCUUCCUGCUUUAUGCAACAGCAUAAAGGAUUUUAAACAAACUAUUAAUACAAAUUGCAAACCAGCAACUUGCAACAGAGGCUUUUAUGAAAAAAACUACGCAGAUAUGAAAAUUCUGUUAAUAUUCGAUUCCUUUCAUCUUUUUA